CAAGGUCCGAUCGCGAAAAAAACCACAAACAAAACAUUCAAAAAAAAAUAAAUUUUGUGUUUUUAUUAAACUUUUCGUCACUUUUCGCAAAGCAAUUUCCCAAAAUUUAUUCAGUCACCAAAAAUGUCUUUCGUAAUCAACACACGAAUCGACAAAAAUAAGGAAUUUCUCGAUGCUUUGCGGCAUUCAUGGGCAAAUGAAUUGGAUAAAGAUGUCAAUUUCAUAUGCAAGGACAAUAUUGCUGUCAAAAUCAACAGUUAUGUCCUGGCAUUGGCUAGCGAGUUUUUCAACUCACUUUUGAAGAAUAUUGUGGAUAAGCAACUUCCCGCUAUUAACAUAAUUGUGCCUGACAUACAUCCAGACAUCAUGAGGAAGGUGGUUGAAUAUAUUUAUAUUGGAUAUGUGUCGCUGGAGACUAGAUUGAUGGGAGAAUUCAUCGAAGCCUGCAACCUCCUCCAACUCAAAGCUAACAUAAGCUGCGAGAAAAAACUUGUCUUCGACAGUCCAGUUGCUGCAACAUCAGAGCCACCUAGCAUCACCACAAUGAUUGAAGAUUUCAGCACAGACAUCAAAUACACAACCACAACCGAAGAUAAUACCGAAUAUGAAAUGACCCAGAAAACAGCAACCGGUGAACAACAAAUUCUUGAAGUUUAUGAGAUUUCAAAUAUUGAGGAUACAGACAUUGCUUAUGAGGAUGCUAUGGAUGAGGAUGAGACAGUUGAGGAACAUUUUGAAUUAGUUAAUGUUAUACCGGAAUCUGAGACCUCACCGACUAUGGCUGUUGAUACAUCAAAUGAGAUUCUUAAGGUUAAGCAGGAUAAGAAAAAAAAAUCUGUAAUGGAAUCGGUCGAAUUGAGAAGCAGCAAGACAUCUACGCCAAAAUUAAAUUCUAAAAAUGUCGAUGAGACGAUCAUGCAGCAGGCAGUUAAUGAAAUUUUGUCUAAUAGUAGCAGCUUCCGUCUUGUCAGCGAAAAGUACAACAUCCCAAAGACCCUUCUAUGGCGUCGUGCAAAGAAGCUUGGCUAUGUUAAAACUGAAAAGCAGAAGGACGACAUUCGUGUAAUGGCAAUCGAAGCGAUCAAACAAGGAGAAAGUCUAAUCAGCCUUAGCAAGCGCUACAAUAUCCCGAUAUCAACUUUACAUCGUGAGAAAUUGAAGCUUUAUGAGAAAGGUCAACUGCCUGAAAAUGUAAACUUGAAGAAUCGAUCAAGAGGUGAGGAUUAUGACGAUAGAUUAAGGAAUGCUAUAACUGAGAUUCUGAAUGGAAAGAGUCAAAAUGAGAUCGCUAAAAAAUACAGCAUACCGAAGACGACAAUUUGGAGAAUAAUCAAGAAAAUGGACUCAAAAGCGGAAGGAUCAACAACGCCAGUAACGCCAAAUUCAGAGAUUGUUGAGCAACUGAUGCAGUUGAGUAAGAAGAGAAUGGUUAAGGAUGACUCGAGCUUUGAGGACGAUAAAUAGGAACAAGUUGGAUGAGAUUUGAAAAAAUAUGUUAUUAGUUUUAAGGAAUAACGGAUAGAAUUUAAGAUAGUCUAAAAUUAAAAAUAAUAAAAAUGUGAAAUAAUUAUUGAAAAAAUUGAAAAAUGUUCAGUUGAGU